UCCUUCGGAACAAUCAUAUUCAUAAUCGUAGUUUAGAGUCAUUGUGUUUAUUUUACAUUGGAAAUUCCGUGUUAUAUUUCUUCCUUCUUAAUCGAUUAGUUCAUCGCAUCGCCAUAAGGGACACCAGUUUGUUAGCACAGUUUUUUUUAAAAAAUAAUGUUUGUAUUAGUACAAGGGCCUAUAUUUUAAAUUUAAUAUAGACUAGACUACUUUGAUAUUAAUAUUUAAAUUUAGUAAAUUUACAAUAGAAACAGACCAUGAUUCCUAUAAAAAAUAUUGGUGUGACAACAUUAUUGUUGCAUCUUUUAUUUUUCAUUCUGACAAUCGUUACUGUUCCAUGUCAGCCUUUGCGAAAUAAAAUUGUAAGGAAAGACCGACAUGUCGAUGAAGUUUCAAGAAAUAUGAAUGUGAAAAAAAUGUCAAAGUCAAAUGUUGAGGAUAUUCAUCCAUUGUUGUUAAUCUCUUUUGAUGGAUUUAGAUGGGAUUAUUUAAACAAAACUGAUACUCCAAGCUUUGAUGAAAUCAUAAAUAAUGGUGUUACAGCUACACAAGGUCUAAAAAAUGCAUUCGUCACUAAAACAUUUCCUAACCAUUACACCCUUGUUACUGGUUUGUGGGAAGAGAGUCAUGGGAUAGUGGCCAAUAGCAUGUAUGAUCCAGUUCUUAAUCAAACAUUUGAACCAUCAAAUGCAUCUGCUGUUACCGAUCCUGCUUGGUUUAAUGUUGGUGCAGAGCCCAUCUGGGUUACCAAUCAACGUCAGAAUAAUAAUGGGAAAAGUGGUGUAUGCAUGUGGGUUGGAGGUGGAGCACCAAUUAAUGGUAUUCUUCCAACAUAUUAUAUACCUUAUGAUGGUUCCCAAAAAAAUGAAACCAAGGUUGACAUGAUAGUUGACUGGUUCACAAGAGAAAAUCCCAUAAACUUGGGACUUCUUUACUUUGACCAGCCUGAUGCUUAUGGCCAUCGCUAUGGACCAGAUUCACCUCAAGUUGCUAGUAUGAUUAGCGGGCUUGAUGAGGUAGUUGGCUACCUCUUAAAGCAAUUGAAGGACAAGAAUGUGCUUGACAACAUUAACCUUAUCAUAACUAGUGACCAUGGGUUUACAAAUACCCCUCAUGAUUUGCUGAUUAAUCUUGAUGAUUUUAUUGAUGCGUCAACCUACAAAAUAACAGCAUCAUCCCCUAUAGCAAAUAUAUGGCCACAUGAAGAAGGUAGAAUAAAUUUUUGUUAUUCCUUAUAUUGAAAAUGUAUGCUUUAUUUUAUUUCAUUGUGCAUGAUAUGUCUUUCUUCAAUACAGACACAGUUUAUGGUAGAUAUGUCAAUUUCAAAAUUAUUAUGUUAAACACUUAUAAUUACUUGGUUAACUUAGUUUGAAAUCUUUUGAAAUAAAUUUAGGCAUAGUAAUGUUUAAGUUAAAUUAGCUCAUUCUUACUGUUUAGUCUAAAAUGUCUUUGAACAUUUAUUUUCAUCAGUCUCAGAUAAUUAGUGCUAACUGUAUGAUGUUAAAUAUCCUUGGAAAUGAAAAUGAUUCUUUGUUAUUACUAGUAGAUAAUUAAGUGAUCUUUGAGGUAGCUAAAUAAUUUUAGUGAAAUAUCCAAAACAGUUAACUAUUCCCGUACAAUCUCAUCUCUGUAGAAGCAAAUUUUUAUAGGUGCACAGGAUUUUUUGUUACAAAAAAAAAAAUCAGAAUUUAAAAAAAAAACUAUUUCAUUACUUUUUAAAAUAAAAAUUGUGUUACUUUAGACUUUAAACAAAUAUUAUUAUUAUUAUUAUUAUUUAGGCAUUUUUGUAUAGCGCUUACCUUACAGCUCUAAGCGCUUUACAAUUAUUAAAAAUAUGUAAACUAUUUAAACUGCUAUAUAAUGAACAAAUAAAUAUUUCUUUAGUCUGUAGGCCAUCAUCUUUCAACAUUCUUUUUUGCUUCAGACUAGUUUUAACUUUGCUAGAAUUUGAUAAUGAACUAGGCUUUAAGACACUUCUCAUUAAUAAUAUGACAAUGAAAUAAUUAUGCAUAAGAAUUAACUCAUUUUGAUUGUGAAUUUUAUUUAAGUUUUUUUAUUGAAGAAUAUUUUUUAUUAUUCUUUUUGUAAAGAUUUGUACUUGUAUCUCUUUCCAGACUCUUUCAUUUCAUCCAUCUUUUGCUUUUCAUCUUUAUUAUUGUGCUAUUAAGAUAGACAUAUUUAAAUUCUUUAAAUUGGUAUCUUUCAUUGAAGGAAAGCUUGAAGAAAUCUACUCAAACUUAACAAAAGGAGCCCAAGAAAGUAGAAAGUUUCAAGUAUAUAAGAAGGAAGAAAUACCAGAGUACUUUCAUUACACUCACAACAGAAGAAUAUCACCCAUUGUAGCUGUAGCAAAUGACACAUAUUCUUUCACAUCUAAAGAUCAGCCAUAUCCUAAGGAAGAACGUAAGUGUUCAGUUUACAGGAAUAAAUUGUUAGAGCACCGCCACAGUUUCAUUGAUGUUCAUGUAUUUUCUUAUGUGUUAGAAUCCACAAAAAUAAUAGCUAUGAAUUUCAUGAGUGUAUAUAAGAUUUUUCACUAACCAUCUCAUUUUCUUUAAUAGAUUUUAUUGUUUAUCUCCCAGUUGGAAAUCAUGGUUAUGACAACAGACUCCAAGACAUGCACCCUUUCUUUGUUGCUAUGGGUCCGUCCUUCAAAAAGAAUUUCUCCAUAGAAACAUUCAAUAACGUGGACCUUUAUCCUCUGUUGUGUCAUCUACUUAACCUGAAGCCAGCCCCCAAUAAUGGCAGUCUAGACAUAGUUUCCCAACUUCUAGUUGACCAGACUGACACUCCUUCUACACUAACUCUUACCACAUGUAAGUCAAGUAAUGAUGAAAAGCCAUGAAAUUUAGCUCGUGAAGUUUAUUUGGUGUAUUUAAAAAUAUUAGCAUAUACAAUAUACAUAGUUAAAAACUUAAGUGAUCGCAUGGUUAUUGCCGGCAAUAAUCACUUAAAUUUUUAACUAUUGUCUAUUUCUUGUCAUUUUUUCUUUUGUCCUGUCUGCUGAGGAAGGCUCUAAGCCAAAAUUGUUCAUAUAUUAUUGUCCUGUCUUUUGCUCAAGUUUCCACAUACCUUGUCCUACUAUUCCUUGUAUUUAUUCAUAGGGCAAGUGAAGUGUAGCCCUAAUAUCCACCCUCCUCCCAGUCCCAAUUUCACCUUCCAUUUUACUUUUUACAUCAUUAGAUACCUUGUCCCAAAUCUGUUACAUCAUUUAUAUUUUUCAAAAAGCAUAUGUUUUUAUUACUUAAAUCAGUGGUUUUAGUUCUACUUUUUUCAUCCACUGCCCCCUUGAGGCCAUAAACACAAGCCUGCCGCCCCCGUGUCUUAACCCGUUAAAAAAGUUGUUCAGAAUAGUUUUUUUGUAAAAUCCCAUUAGGAAAAUGAUAACACCAUAAAUUAUUCCACGUACACAAAUUUUUUUAAACAGAUAUAAUUAUAAGUCAAGAAUUUUAUAUACGGCACCUAUUAUUAAUAACUAACGUCUUCCUAAAGCAUUGGUUGAGCUCGGUUAAGUGAUAGCAGUUUCUCAAUGUCUGGUUGAAUUUCACGUUACAGGACUUUCAACGGCCUCCUUCAGUUAUCGGGAGCUUAUUUAUUUGCUGGGAGCAAAGUUGAACAACAAUGCUUAAACCAAGUUUCACCAAAUAUGAUGUUGGAAAGUUAACAAGAAGUGCACUUUUCAUAUUGUAGGAUAACAAUUUGAAAUUUUUUUAGUAGCCAAACCUGUUGGUACGAGCUCCUGAACUUUGGCUUCAGAUCUAUAUCAUUUUAAGCUGAAUUAUCUCUCUUUCAACAUUAACUUUCUCAUUAUCCGAUAAAGGAUUAAUGUCUCAUUCUGGAAUUUCCAUCAAAAGUAGAGCCUCAAACUGAUAAGACAAAGAUCUCACUAACUGUUGGUAAAAUGAGUUUAUUCACCGGUUGUGUGGGUCUUUCCAGUUUAACAAUCAGUAAUGAAAUAUUGUAUGUUGGAUGCAAAACAUGUGAGCUCUGUUUAGAAGCUUGCAAAAGCAUAGUUGUCAGUGUGGGUCUCUUUUGAAGUUUGACUGACAAUAUAUUAAGUUCUUAUAAUUUGCCUUGUCAGGACGUGCCCACUUCAAAAUUUCAAUCAGCCUUGAGUGCUUCAUUCUCUCAUUUGAAAACCUUUUCACAUUUAGUUUUUUUGGUCCUUGUAAAACCAGAAGAUAUUCCAAACUAUAUUAUCUACAUUUCUUUUUUGUUUCCCUGCUUCUGCCUUUUUUAUUCUGAAAGUUAUUUAAUGUUAAUUAAAAAAUAUCAAAUUUAACUAAAUGAUUACCUGUUAAUUUUGUAGGCCUAUGCAUCAUUAACAUCACUAAUGGUUGCAAAUUUAUAAAUAAAGAAACAGUUUUAAGUGGGGUGGUCAGACAAUGACUGCUAUAACCGCCCCAAUUUACAACUUCUCCCUCACCAGAUGCUAUGAAAUGAUGAUAAAAUUAUAACUAUGCAAUAACAAAAACUCUACUCUAAAUUUUUUUUUCAUUGCAAUUCUAAAUUAAACUUUUUAGACAUGAUCAAUAGGAACAUGCUUUAGUUGAAAUCAUUGUCUUAAAAUAACAAGCGUAUAACUAUUUUGUUUUUAGUAAAAAGAAAAAAACGGCUUUCAUUUAGAUUUUAUGAUGGGAAGCACAAGUGAAAUUUUUGUUAAACUAACCAGUUCUCCAUAAAAUUCAAAUAAAAAACAAUUGCAAAAUUCACUAUCAAUAUUUUAUCCAUUACAUAACAGUUGUUUAUUAGACAUCUGGAUCUAACAUUACAAUAGUAUUCAUGAGAACUAUAAGAUAUUAGAAAUUAUACGAGUUAGUUGGUGACAAGUUAUUGCCUUCUAUAAGCUCGAAAAAAUAUAAAAAUUUGUGAAACAUGACAAUUAAUUUUUUUAUGCCAGUGUAGACAAAUGUUAAUUAAUUGUUUUUUUUUUCAGUCCCAUGAAAAUGUUUUUAAAAAUCUGCCGGGGAAUCAUUUUGAGCUAAUUUAUCAGGGCUGUGUGUCAUAACCCCCUGCAUAGUAUUCAAGUUUUGUUGUUGUUGUUGCACCUAUUGUUGAUAAGAUCACAAGUUUUUCCCCCGUAUGUCUGAGGGUAUUUAUUGCAUCAAAUAGUGCUUAUCAACCUUUGUUUAAAUGGUUCAAAUCAAAUAGUGCUUAUUUAUUCAUUACAUUAAAAAAAAUAAUUAAAGUUUGCGUUAAAAAAUUCACCAGUUCCCCUGGGGUAACCCCCCUGAAACUACAAAACAUCGUAAACCCCCCCCCCCAGCAGUCCCAUUUUGAGAAAAAUAAAAAAAAAAAAUAAAGUUUUCGUUAAAAAAUUCACCCGUUCCCCCGGGGUAACCCCCCCGAAACCAAAAAAAAUUGUAAACCCCCCCCCCCCCCCAGCAGUCCCAUUUUGAGAACCAUUGACUUAAAUGAUUAAUAGUAAAUCAAUUAUGUUAAUUUUCCGUAAGUAAAUUUGAAUAUAAUUUAUCAUGUUUACAUUCAUUUUGUUUUUCAGAUGUCGUAAGCUUCAUUAUAAUAGUCCUUGUAGCAGGUGUGUAUAUUAUCACCGCACUUUACUACCAAAAUAUCUGGAAAAACAUGCAUCACCAGCAAUACAUGGCUGUUAAACCCAAUGAUGAAAGCCCAUCAAAAUCAGCAGUGACACGGGGGACUGCUUCCCAAGGCAGUGCAGCCAUACAUCAAUCUAACACAGAAGACAGUGACACAUCCCCACUUUUAAUAGAUCACAAUGCUGUGGUUCCUUAAAGGAUGUCGUUUUGUACAUGUUAAAAACUAAACUAUUUAUUGAGUAGCUAGAAGUGGCUCUUUUUUUUUCAAAUACUCACCAAGUGCCUCUCAUUUUUUUUUUUUUUU